AUGUUACGUUAUGUCACUUUCAAUUUGUUUGUGUUUUCAGGUUUUGUGAAGGAGCAAGUAAGGAUUACAUUUGCGGCUUCCCCUGGUGUGAUUAAGGUUGAUGGACAACGGCCUCUUGGCAAUAACAAAUGGAGCCGUUUCAACCAAACCUUCCCUAUUCAAGAAAAUUGCGACGUGAGUAAAAUUCAUGGCAAAUUCAGCAAUCCAAUUCUUACCAUUACAAUACCAAAGCUAGGCAUCACUCAAGUUGGCCCUAAAGAAGUAGCCAAACCAAGCCAACAAGCACCACCGACCCCUUCAAAAACUCCAACUGCAGGCCCUCAGGAAGCUGCUGCAGAGCCAAAGGCACAAAAAUCUACUCCUAGUGCCAGAGAUGAAAAGAAAGUGAUGACAAUAAUGGGGGGUAAGGAUGAAAUUCCUCCAAAAAGAAUUGACGAAAAGAGGGUGGAGUUCACUGCUGAGCAUGUUGAUCGAAAGGAUCAAAGUGAAGCAAAAGGGAAGCCAACAGAACCAAAGAAUGCUGAGAGAGUUGCUGAAACCAGUCUGCAGAAGGAAAGAGAGGCCAAUGAGAGAAGCAAAGAAGCAGGGGAUGUCCCAAAGAUUUUAGAAAAGGCAAAGAGAAAGAGCAAGAGUUCUGGGAGCGCUGUUGACCGAGAGAAGCGUACAGAGGAGGAUUCCAUUGCUGCAAAUGUGAUGGCUGCUGCAAAGGAGGGCAUGAGAAAUCUAGGAAAGGGGGUGAAUGAUGAAGAGAAGCAGAUGUUGAUCAAUAUGGGAGCAGCAGUUCUUGUUCUUCUGGCACUUGGGGCGUCUGCUUCCUACAGCUUAUGGUCCUCUGGAAAAACCAUGAACUAA